GGUCUAUAAAAGAGAGGUACACCUCCUCGAUGGCGCAGUCACAGUCACAGUGAAACCAUACAAAAUGUUCCGUUCAAUUGCCGCUGUUUUCAUCGUGGCCCUACCACUACUUCAGGCCGCUUCUGCUAUCGAUAUUUCUCAGGACAAGAACAUACACGUGGAACUCACCAGCAACGAUGCUGUGCAACAAACAAAAUCGGUAAGUUCCUAUCCAGAGGAACGUGGACCUCUAUUUAUCGGGGACCUCACCGCCGGCCAACGCUACGCAGACGAAACAGUUUUCCGUCGUGUAAUUGAAUUCAACAAUCCAACCAACACGAUUCAGAGCUCAACGUUAGACGUAUCUGUUACGAGCGGAGCAAUUCAUUAUAUCAGUGCUCGAAACGUACAAGGCAGUCAAGCAGUUGUCUGUGGCAAUCCAAACGCCUUAGGAGGAAGCAAAACUAGCAUUAAUCUUCGAGUACCACCGAAUUCCUUGGCCACGUUAAAUAUGGUCGUCGCGGCGCAUGACAAUAACCGCAUGAUCAAGUCUUAGAACAAUGAUAUCGUGCUAAUACUACUAUGUUCUUUCAGUCAUGGUCGACCGAAUUGUAUUUUCAACUCGAGGAAAAUAUGAAAGAAUUGUUAUUGAUGUAUGUGUGAUUUCUCGUUUCGAUCGUAUGCCAAUGACUUUCUCGAUUGAAACUAUAGCGAGAUUAGGACAUAUCGAAUUCAAGUUACAUAACAAAUUAAGUUUACAUGAUAUCGGCACCUUGUACAUUGAAAAUUUUUAUAAAAUCAAUCAGCAAUCGUAAUACAUUACUAUUGAGAGAUAUUUUGAAAUCAAAUGUUUCAUUUCGAGAAGAAGAUUAUAAACAUAUUAGCUUUUCGUGUUUUCCAUAAAUGAAAAUAAAACAAGAAAUAAUUUUCAUUAUUUCAAUGUCACUGUAUCACUAUGUCGGCAUCAUUAAAUUAUAAAAGAUUAAGUUUUGAUAAGUGUACCUUAUUAUAAUUUUCACCAUAUCUGUGAAUGUUACUGUACCAACCAUAACAUUGUAAAUCUCUUUUUAUUCUCUAA